GACUUUGCAGCACUGUUGUACUCUGGUUUAACACCCCAAGAAAAGAGCAUCUGUGUCUGAGAACGACAAGGCUAUAGAUCGAAGUCUACUAAGAUGAAACCGAUAAGUCUGAACGAGAAUUCCUUAUAAUGUGAAUAGAGAUAUCACUGUUUUCAUUUCUCAGCGCUUUCCGUGUUAGGCUACGUAGAACGGAAUAUUUCAGUUUUAUUAAGAAUCAUGAGAUAUAUAUAUUGUGUAACGUAUUUUCUAUACUCUUGAUAAGGCACGCCUUACUUGUAAGCAGUGCAGUGUUCAUUGCAGUAUCAGUCUUUUAACGUCAUGAAUGACGUAAGCGUGGCACUUGAUAACACAGAAAUCCAGAAGAAAUUAUUUUUAAAUUUGUUGAUCAUAGUUUACAGUAUUAGCUAAAGAUGUAAUUCGUUUGCUGAUUGAGUACUUGCCAUAAGUUAGAUAUUUCGUCGUUUUGAUAAAGCAGUGUAGAUGAGUGAUGCUAUUGAUUACGAGGUAUCAUCAAAGUAAAUCGUGUUGAUUAACACGGGCCAUUUCUCUACUGUUUACUACAGCGUCACAAGUUUUAGUUCGUGUGCGAUUACUUCAUAUUUCACUUUAAAAAUUUCGUUUUAUGCCAACACUUGGGACUUUUGUUGUCAUAGCAAACAACCAGUCUUCGAGGAAUAUGGCCUUAUCGAAAAAAGGCUUCACAUCGUAGGAUCAAAUCCGAAAGUCUCACUUUGCAUUUAUUUUUCCUUUAAACAACAAGAUUAAACCCUUUCUUUAAAGCAGACAAAUUGUCACUUGUGAAAAAAGGGAAUGAAAAACAACUCAAAAACACCCGCAGGUCGUCAGUUUAGUGUAAAUAUCUUAGUAUAGAUUAAGUAAGGAGUGAAAAACAAGUGGCACAUGUUGUUUAACAUAUUCGCUACAAAAUGUACUUUUGUUGUGCCUUCCCGGUCCUAGGGAGGAGGGUUUGGUUUAUGAACUACGAUGACGAACAGCAACUACAAGAUGAAAUUGCAGAGGUCACUGCAGAGAUGGAGAAGCUGGAGGCCAAGGAUGAAAGUAAAACAAAUACAAAAACAAAACAGUUAUCUAUAGGGAAGAAGAAAUUUAAUAUGGAUCCAAAAAAGGGUAUUGAAUAUCUCAUUGAACAUGGAUUGCUUCAAGACACAGCUGAAAAUGUAGCUCAGUUUCUUUAUAGAGGAGAGGGACUCAACAAAACAGCCAUAGGAGACUACUUAGGAGAAAGGAAUGAUUUCAAUAUGAAGGUUUUGGAUGCAUUUGUGGAUCUUCACGAUUUCACUGAUUUAAUCUUGGUUCAGGCAUUGAGGCAAUUUCUGUGGAGCUUCCGUCUUCCUGGUGAAGCUCAGAAAAUUGAUAGAAUGAUGGAAAAAUUUGCUCAAAGAUAUUGCCAUCUAAACCCUGGUGUAUUUAGUAAUACUGACACAUGUUAUGUCCUGUCUUUUGCCAUUAUCAUGUUGAAUACAUCAUUGCACAAUCCCAGUGUAAAAGAAAAACCUUCAGUGGAACAGUUCAUCAAAAUGAAUCGAGGUAUCAACAAUGGAGGAGAUCUUCCACGGGAACUGAUAUUGAGUCUGUAUGACAGCAUUAAACAGGAGCCUUUUAAGAUACCAGAAGAUGAUGGAAAUGACUUAAUGCACACAUUUUUCAAUCCAGAUAGGGAAGGCUGGCUAUGGAAGCAAGGAAGUUCAAAACUCAGUGGUCGCUACAAAAGCUGGAAACGACGAUGGUUUAUUCUCAAUGACAACUGUUUGUAUUAUUUCGAAUAUACAACUGACAAAGAACCAAGGGGUAUAAUACCCCUAGAAAAUGUUCAAGUGGAGGAGGUUGUGGAUCGAAACAGGAGUAACUGUUUUGAGUUGUUUUCAACUGGAAGUGAUAUCAUCAAAGCAUGUAAGACAGACUCUGAAGGUAAAGUGGUAGAAGGGAAGCACACAGUUUAUCGUAUGUCAGCUUCUACACCCGAGGAAAUGACAGAAUGGAUUAAAUAUAUAAGGCAAAGCAUCAGUCAUAAUCCUUUUUAUGACAUGCUAAGUGCCCGAAAAAAGAAAGCGCAACAUCUGUGAAUAAUCAUAAUUCUCUCUCUCUCCAUGGUGAGAAAUGUAUACCAACCUGCAUUGCAGUUUACAAAACUCUGCUUUUUGAAACUAACAAGAUAUUCUCCUAUUGGGCUAAAACAGAAAUCAAAUGAAAGUAGAAGAUUUGUGAUCAGCAAUCCUUGAAUGGCAUGUUGAUGAAUGAUGAGAAUUUUUUGUGUCUAAAAGAUGAUACUGAAAAAGUUUGUAUUGUUGAAUGGAAAUUAGCAGUGUAAUUAGUGAUCAAGCCACUCCUACUUACUAGUGGUAAAAAAGAUGGUUAUUGGUUUUACAAAAUGUGAAUAGUAUAAAAACAAGUAUGUUCUGUACAUUUAGGAUUACCAGAAGCUAUGUUUGUACAGUAGCUAGUGGCUAGUUAGAAGAUAUAAACACUUGAAACUAAAUUUGUUCUAUACUUAGAAUUACAGGAAGUUACAUUUUGACAGUAUUCUAGUUUCAUAGAUGGUGAUUAGUUAGAAGGUCUAAACAGUAUAGACUGAGUUUAUUUUGUACACUUAGGAUCACAAGGAGCAAUAUUUUGACAAUUUUCUGGUAUUAUAGAUGGGGAAUUGUUAGAAGAUAUAUAAUAUGAAGAGUUUAGAGUAAGUUUGUUCUGUGUAAUGAGGGUUACAAGAGCUGCAUUUGGGCAGUAGCUGGUGACUAGUUAGAAGAUAUAAACGGCUUAGACUAAGUUUGUUCUGUAAAUUUAGGAUUACAGGAAGUUACCUUUUGAUAGUAUUCUGAUAUCAUAGAUGUUGAUUAGUUAGAAGAACUUAGCACUAUAGACUAAGUUCCAGAGGUGCACGUCUCAAUUAUACAGUUUUGACGAGUGGAUCCUAUAAAAGGAAUUGACAAAUUGGGAAAGGUAAAAUAUGAACAGUUAAGUCUAAAGUUGUGUUUCUCAACCUCAUGGUCCAUAUUCAUUCUAAAAUGGUUUGCCAUGGGAUUUCCAUAUUAUAACAGGGGGCCAUGUAGGUGAGUCGUGUGGGGUUCGACUUCAACACCAGUUACAAGUACAUUUCUUUUAAAUCCAGGUAUACAGUCACAUGUGGAGUACACAAGGUAUCAACUCGAGGAAGUUUACAGUUAGAAUAAAGAAUUGACAUGGAGACUGAGAUUCAAAAACACAAAUAAUAAUUUAAUUCAAUUUGCUAAGAUACUCAGCUACAUCAAGAUUACCAAAAGUCUUGAAAAGUUUAUAUACUAAAAUCAUCAAAAUCUUCUAUCUGAAUGAGUAAUUGUUCUGUACUUAAACCUUCAAUAAUAUUCAUCAAAUCUCUCACUAUAACAAAUAGAUUAUCAAUUAAGACAUUACAUGAAAUACACUUAAACAUAAUUUACUUUAUGAGUGCUCCUUAACGUUAUACAUUUUACAUCAGUUCCUAACUAUGCUAUUCGAUUGAGAGAGGUAGCAAUGACUACUAACAUGGAAGUUGUACAGUGAGUAUUUUUGAUACUAUGUAGAAUAGACAUCUUCAAUGAUGUUGGUUGUUCAGGGACAGUAGGGCAGGCAACAUCUAGCCAGAACAGACAUGGAGUCAGCAGCUUCUUUCUCAGUGUCUUUCUUUCUUUUUGUCCCAAAAUGCAACUUUAUAUACAUAGUUUAGUGUGUUUUUACAAUGAUUCAAAUAGCUUUACAUGCUUAUUUUGCAAGUAGUUCUUUUGUCCAUGUCUUCCUUCUGAUCAAAGUUCCACCAGUGGUAUCUUAUUUUCUUUUUAUAGCACUUAUUUCCUGCCAUUAAUGAAGAUAACAUAAACUCUCCUGUAGCUUUCUCUCUGCUAAUGAUGCAUCUAUUUAUGUAGAUAAGACAAACCACCAGUUUAUAUUACAGGCUGGAAUGCAUCUUGGUUUAUACUUGAGAUAUACAUUUUCUUUCGUGGUCAAGCAUCAUUAUAUAACUACUGUAGAACUACUGUUAUAUCUAGGGAACUUCCUUCUGAAAGUUCAAGCCUUUGGGGCUGUUUGAUUCUCUGCUUUUGGCAUUGGUCUGCAAUUCUGGCCAUGUGGCCUUCAAUUCCACAGCUUAUUCUUCUUGCUUUUCCAGUUUGUUAUAUCAUUUCUUCUACUGCUCUCUAUACUUAUAAUAGAAUGCUGGGGCUUGUAAAUCAGUUUUUUGUGUAGCUACUUCAAUUAAAUCCAGCAAAGUUACAUCAGGCAUGAUCGCAUCAUUUAUGUUUCUUCUAGUUACAUUACUGAUCAGACCUUGCUCAUAAUCUGAUUUCAAAGUGUCCUCUAUCAUCAGUUCAUUUGGGUUUCUAUAUGUUCUUUGCAGUCUGUUACCAAAUUCUUGUAGCAUAUGCCCAAAUACUCUGACUGACUCCCCUCUCUACUAAGUCAAACUAUUUAUCUGUGUCAGAAUUAUGUUAGUUUUUCUUGCUUUCUGUACUUCAGUACUAAUCUAUGUGCUAAAUAGUGAAAAUCUGCAGUUUCUCACAGUUCAUCAUAAGUUCUAAUGUAACAUUUAGCUUCUCCUGCUGUUCUUGAUCUUAAUAUAUUUGUUUUUUGAGUAUCUGUCCAACCCAAAAUUCUAGCAGCUUCAUUUAAUGUAUUGAUAAAACUUUCAGUGUCCUCAUCAAGCUUACCAUGAAAUAAUGGUAUUACACCUGUUAAGUGCAUAGCUUUCUAUCUGCUACUGAUCAUCUAUUUAUGUAGAUAAGACAAACCACUGGUUCAUAUUACAGCCUGGAAUGCAUCUUGGUUUAUACUUGACAUAUACAUUUCCUUUUCUGGUCAAGCAUCGUUAUAUAACUUCUACUAACAUGCACGUCUUUUCUUCAUCUAACAUGUUUGUGUUUCAAACAUAGAUUUUUUUAAGUUAUAUUUCUCACUCCUUGAAGCAUUUGUAAUUCUUGUGAAAUGCUUAAAAUGCUUCACUAUUAUGGUUUCAAAAGAAAAGAUCCAUUGUUAAUUAAAUGAAAAUAAUGUUUUAUUUGAACAUCUCAUUAACUUACCUCUUGUUUCUUUUCUAAACUGUAGGAUUAGGUUCUGCAAGUAAAUCUAUCUGACUAUGGGAGUCUGUAAGAUUGUCUUAGUAUUAUGAAGAAGGUCCAUGAGUAGAAAAAGGUUGAGAACCAUUGGAAAUAAAACUUUCUACAUAAGAUGCUGCUAUAGCUAGCAACUAGUUAAAAAAAGAAUUAUGUAAGUAAUUAAGGCUACAACAAAAUUAAUUUAAUGUAGUAACUUGUACUGUUCUUAGUGGCUGGUUGGAAGAGAUGUGAAUAAAAACUGUUAGUUGAAUUAUUGAUCUAUAGGAGAAUAAUAAUAAUAGUAAAUCUGUGUUAAAUAGCACAAUAUGAUAGAUAGUAUGAGGUUCCAGGUAUUUUUUAGAAAUAAAUUGUGGAUAUUGUGUUUGUUCAAGAGGCCAGUAGAUGUAAUCUUUGGUUUCUAAAUUUAGCACUUUGUAUAUUGUUUCAGAGAAUCAUUCUAAAACACUAAAAUUGUAAAAGUUCCAUUUUUUGCAUCCUGUAAGCAUUUAGUGUUUUUUUUUAAGAGAGGAGUUUGUAGUAAGUAAAGUACAAGCUGUUAAUGAAUGUUCUUAGACUUUGUAGCUAGUAAUAAGUUGUUGUCCAGUGAAAGAAAUUUGGAGAGUAUUAUAAUUUCCAUAGGAAUUUUUGUUGGUAUGGAAGAAAAUAAUAGGCUCUUGUUAUAAACUUAUACAUUUCUAGAGAGCAUGACUGUGAUUUAUCAAAAGAGGGACACUUUAUUCAAAGUAGAAAUGAUCAUCAAUUUCCAAGUUCUUCAAAUGCAGUCUAUAUAUAACUUUUCAUUAUAUAGUGGUGAUAAUGGUGAUAUUAUUUAGAUAUGAAGUUAUACAUAUAUAUUUCAAGUUCUGUCCAUCCUAAAGUGGGAUAAAGUUGUGUACAUGUAUAUAUACUUAAGUACAGCUGUUUAAAGGUUUACUUUGAAUGGUAUGAGAGACAACCUGUAUUUAAACUUUUUCUUAAUAUAGGUGUAAACAAAACAAGAUUUAUUGUAGAUGUGAAACCUGAAUUAAAGAUACUUGUAGUUUUGUUUGAAAAAUGAAUAUAUAUUAUAUUAUGUAGACAUUUAUAAUGUAGAAUCUGUAUGUGUCUAAUAGUUGAAAAUCUAAUGUAUCUCAGUAUUUCAUAUAUGAAAAGAAAGAAAAAAACAAGUAAGGAAACAUUAUUGACCUAGCACUAAGAUCUACCUAGUCUUAUUUCAAGAAUCCAAAGAGUUAUUGUAUUGGUUAGUUAUGCCCAGAAGCUGUGUAUUACAGUGUUAGUUGUGUGGAUUAGUCAUGUCCGUAUGUUGUGCAUUAAAGACUGAAUGAAAUUGAGAUAUUUUUUUUCAUCAUCUAACAAGAUCUCCUUAACUUUUGUAAAAAGACUGUGGGCAGUGCCUUGAGUAUUGGCUAAAACUGUUUAAAAGUGAUGUUAACUAUUUAUUACAGACAUAAAAGUUUUGAUCUGGUGUCAUAGUAACUUGUCAGCUAAAAAUGUUGAAGAUAGACAGGAAAAAACAAAAGUAGUUUUUUAAUUCAAGUAGUAGCCAUAAAUUAUUAGUAUUUAAAAAAAGGUUAACAGGUGCAAUGAACACAUGCUGAUUAUGAUAUAUACUACUUUUCUCAGGAUAAAUUAUUGUGACUUGGUAACAUUAUUAUCCUUUUAUCUUCAUCAGAGAAGAUACACAGAUGUGAACCAAUUUACUUGUGCCACUCUGCCAAGUCUACCAACAACUCAGUUGUUUAUAACGUCUCUCAUAACAGGGUGGAAUUUUAGUGAAUUUCCUUUGCUACUCAUCAGUCAGUUUAAUUUGCACAAAGGAAAGCUAUUUAUAAGAAAACAGUUAAAAAAACAACAAAUUGUGUCAUACUAAUACAGCUAGUGUUUAAAUGUUUUGGUCACUAUGACAAUAAAUUGGAAUGUCCUAGGUUAUGAUCCAAGGUAACUGAUAACUCACUGUCUUUGACGUCCAUAAUAUACAAGUUAUUGUCAAUACCAGAGUAAAAGUUAUUUCAUGGGGCUUUUGCAACUGUAAGUAUUGUGAUACUUAAUUUUAUUAAUGGGUUUACCUAAAGGAGAAGUACAUCAGUGUACAACUAUGUUCUAUCACAUUGCAUUUGACUGUCUUUAAAUAGAGGAAGUUAGAAAUCUAAAAAAAAAAAGAGAUUUAUUCCUGUGUUAAUAGAAUUAUAGACUAGAGCCC